GUGUCAUAAAUAUAGUCUUCUCUCCGCCUAGAUCCCUGGAGAAACCUUUCAGUUGAAUCGAAACUCACUUUUCCAAUCCAAUGGAUCUUUCACUUUCACUUUCAUCUCCCCCAAAUCUUCACUUUUCUCUCACCAAAUCGCUAUCAUUUUCCACCAGAUUCCACAAACCUCUUCCAUUUUUCACAAAUUUCACUUCUAAUUCCCAAAUUUACUCAAUAAUCACCGGUUAUCAACCGAUCAAAGCUCAAAGUUCAAAUCAAAAUAAUACUCCGAUUGAUACUGCUGAUGCUGCUGCUGAUGAUGAUGACGGUUUUAUUUUUGAAGACGUUCCUCACUUGACCAAUUUCUUACCUGAUUUACCGACCUAUCCAAACCCGUUAAAGUACAGCCAAGCCUACGCAAUAGUCAAGAAUACUUUUGUUAGCCCAGAAGACGUUCUAGCACAGCAAAUUGUUGUUCAGAAGGGCAGUCCUAGAGGAGUACACUUUCGGCGUGCAGGACCUAGGGAAAAGGUUUAUUUCAAGCCGGAGGAAGUACGAGCUUGUAUUGUUACGUGUGGUGGUUUGUGUCCAGGGAUUAACACAGUGAUUAGAGAGAUUGUAUGCGGCUUGAAUUAUAUGUAUGGUGUUAGUAAUAUACUUGGGAUCGAGGGAGGCUAUAGGGGCUUUUACUCAAAGAAUACGAUGGAAUUAAAUCCAAAAGUGGUUAACGAUAUCCAUAAACGUGGUGGUACUAUUCUUCAAACUUCACGAGGAGGCCAUGAUACUAACAAGAUAGUCGAUAACAUCCAGGACCGUGGGAUAAAUCAGGUGUACAUAAUUGGAGGUGAUGGCACUCAAAAAGGAGCGGCUGCCAUUUUCAAGGAAGUUGAAAAGCGUCGCCUUCCAGUGGCAGUAGCUGGGAUCCCCAAGACAAUUGAUAAUGAUAUUGCUGUGAUAGACAAAUCUUUUGGAUUUGAUACUGCUGUUGAGGAAGCUCAGAGGGCAAUAAACGCUGCACAUGUGGAGGUGGAGAGUGUCGAAAAUGGAGUUGGAAUUGUCAAACUCAUGGGUCGAUACAGUGGAUUCAUUGCAAUGUUUGCCACACUGGCAUCUCGAGAUGUGGAUUGUUGCUUGAUUCCAGAGUCUCCAUUCUAUCUGGAAGGGCAAGGUGGUCUUUUUGAAUUUGUUCAACGGAGACUUAAGGAAAACGGGCACAUGGUUAUUGUGUUAGCGGAAGGUGCUGGUCAGGAAUACGUUUCUCAAAGUGUGAACGCACCCGAGGAGAAAGAUGCAUCUGGAAAUAAGCUGCUUCUCGAUGUCGGUCUAUGGUUGACUCAGCAAAUUAAGGAUCAUUUUACAACGGUGAAAAAGAUGGCCAUAAACAUGAAAUACAUAGAUCCAACAUACAUGAUCCGGGCUGUUCCAAGUAAUGCGUAUGAUAAUAUCUAUUGCACACUUCUUGCUCAAAGUGCAGUUCAUGGGGCCAUGGCGGGAUACUCGGGUUUCACUGUGGGACCUGUGAACAGCAGACACGCGUAUAUUCCAAUUGAGCGUGUAACCGAGGCUACAAAUGUUGUGAAGUUGACAGAUAGGAUGUGGGCUAGACUUCUAGCCUCGACUAAUCAACCCAUUUUCUUGGACAGACAUGAAUAGAUUUGACCCGAUAUUCGUAUGUUUCUUGUCGCCAAUUGGUCCUCUGUUGAGGUGGAAAGUUGAUUUUUAAAGAAGCUGGCUUACAUGAAGAAAUAUAUAAAGUUGUAUUCAAACUUUGAAGGUACAACUAGCUUCCAUUUGUUAUGACUAUUUAAGAUGGAUAAUAUUGUUAGGCGGGCUGGUUUAGGUUGACCUGUAACACCCUUUUUGUCAUUUUUUAGUAAUUUGUGUUAAAUACAAUUAAAAAACUGUAUUAUUAUAACAACUAUUUAGUUUAUCUUUUAACGAAGAGAAUUAAAUGGGUACUAUAGAAA